AUGGCCUACAUUGAAGACAUCUUCGCUUGCAAGAAGAUCCCCAUUGUGGUUGGAGGGACCAACUAUUACAUUGAGUCCCUGCUCUGGAAGAUUCUGAUUGACACCAAGGUAUCUGUGGCUUCUUCUGCUAGCCCUGAGUUCAGGGGUUGAUGCCACACUCAGCAACAGCAGCAGGGGCUUUUUCAAUAAGAUGAGGGGUGUCUGAUAGUACGGAUGGAAGUGUGCUCAGUAAAAUUAUCACUUUAUAGAAGGGUUUCUGGUCCACUCUUGGCCUCGCUGAGCAGCACAUUUGGGACGAGAGAGAGGAUUUUCACCAAGUGUCCUUUGGCUCUCAGAUAUUUGGCUUACUUGCUUGAGCCAUUUAUUCCACAAGCACCUUCUUGCAGGGCAUUCUGUCAGCAGCAUGCUGUGGCCUCUUGAUAGGAGUUUUGACCCUUUCAGUUUUACUUUCGUAACAUGCCCCCAGGUCCUAUAAAAUCUGCAGUAACAGAAUUAUUUGCAAAAUCUCUCCAUUUUCAUGCAGAAUUUUGUGACUGCAGAAUAUCAAAAUACUGAUACUGCAGUUUAUUCUCCUCCAAUGCAAGUUUUACCCCAGAUUCUCCUAUCUUAAAGAAGUGCUUUGUUCAUUUGCUUUUGAGCCAAUCAAAUGUUCAUUAUUCAUUCAGCUGUUCAUAAUACUUUCUGAUUGCUGAUGUUAAGCUCCUUUGUGAGCCUGUUGCUCAACUUGUGCCUGUUGUCACAAGAAGAGGGUGCAAGCUUCCAAGUCGCAUAGACAUUUUUGACAGCGCCAUGUAUUUAGAGAGAUUUGCAAGGCCAUGAGUGGUAUUCAGUUAAGUCCUACUCAGAGCAGACCCAUUGGGGAAGGGCCAUAGCUCAGUGGUAGAGAGUCUGCCUUGCAAGCAGAAGGUCCCAGGUUCAAUCCUGGGCACCUCCAGUAGGGUUGGGAGAGAGUCCUGCCUGAAAUCCUGGAGAACCAUUGCCAGUCAGGGUAGUCGGUACUGAGCUAGAUGGACUAAAGGUCUGACUCAGUAUAAGGCAGCAUCUUAUGUUCCCAAUGAAAUUCAUGUUGGGUGCAGCUCAGCUUGCAGAAAGGUGUUUGCAUGGUAUUUAAACAGAUAGCGCAUGAGACCUCCAGAUUCCCAGACUAUCCCUGUACCUUUAACCUCUGUGUUGACCUCUUUGUCCUUUAAAGUUUAGACUGAUAAUCUUAGGUUGCAUCCUGUUUAUAACUUCCUCCUCCUGCUCACACUUCCUCUGGACCUUGAGGCAUGAGGUCAUCUUGGAUGUAUUUUCUGAGAACAAAGGAGCAAGUAGGGCUUAUUUGUUUCUCCCUAGUUAGUUAGGAAAGAAUUCUAUAGUACUUCCUUGAAUAAACUAAACAUUCUUUUUUCAUACCAAGUCUCCUCCUGAAUGCCUUUCAGUUAUAAAGGUGUGCUCCAAGUAAGGAUUCAUUUCACUCAAGUUAACUUCAGCUAUUGCAUACCAACUCUAUAUGCUAACAAUCAGCUUUUGUUAGUCGUGUCCGUUAACUUCACUGGGUCAGUCCUGAGUAGGACCAGUGCUUUUUUUCUGGGGGGACUCAGGGGUAUGCAUACCCCUAAACAUUUUGUGAAUCUAAGUUUGGUCUCAUUGAGGGGCAGUAUUUCAGUAUGAGUAGGAAAAUGAGAGUGGGGACGCAGGUGGCACUGUGGGUUAAACCUAGGACUUGCCGAUCAGAAGGUCGGCGGUUCGAAUCCCCGCGACGGGGUGAGCUCCCGUUGCUCGGUCCCUGCUCCUGCCAACCUAGCAGUUCGAAAGCACGUCAAAGUGCAAGCAGAUAAAUAGGUACCUCUCCGGCGGGAAGGUAAACGCCAUUUCCGUGCGUUGUUCUGCUUUGCCAGAAGCGGCUUAGUCAUGAUGCUGGCCACAUGACCCGGAAGCUGUACACCGGCUCUCUCGGCCAAUAAAGCAAGAUGAGCGCCGCAACCCCAGAGUCGGCCACGACUGGACCUAAUGGUCAGGGGUCCCUUUACCUUUUUUUAGGAAAAUGAGAAUACCCCUAAACAUAUUUUUUUAGGGGGGGAAAGCACAGUAGGAGCAAACUUGGAAACCAUCCCAUGCUGGUGAAUUUCUCUCACCGCUGCAACUGGCUCUGGGGCUCCUUUUGCCCAGCCAUUGGCCCUUCAGCAGGACAGCCUGCUGAUUCCUGAGGUGGGCGUAAGGAAGGGCCCUUUCCUUUUGGGUCAGCUGCCCCCUCCUGGCCCCCCUUGCCAAGAGUGGGAGGGCACCCCCUUGCAAGCUGCAGGUUACCUGGUUCUAUAGUGAUGUUCAGAAGCUUUGGUGAACAUGGUUUAUAAUCUUUUUUUUAUUAUUAUUUCCUUUUAUUGAAUUUCACUUAUAUGGUUUAUAAUCUUGCAGGAGGUUGCCAGGAGUUCAGGCUCCGCAGAGGGGACUAUGGAUCGGAAAAUGGAGCUGGAGAAACUGGAUGGCGAAGAGCUCCAUCGCCGACUGAGCCAGGUGGACCCCAGAAUGGCAGCCAAACUGCACCCCCAUGAUAAGCGCAAGAUGGCCAGGUCUGUUUCUCCAGCUGGUAGCCACAGUUGCCAGGUAGACUUUGUUACCCCCUUCACCUGGUCACCUGUGGUCAGUGCAAAAGGGUGACUAACGGGCAGCUUUCUGUAAGAAUAUAGCACCAGGAAAGGCCUGCUGGUUGAUACCCAAAGGCCCGUUUCGUAUUCUGUUCCCCAAACUGGACAGUCAAAGGCCUCUGGGAAGCCCUUGCCCUCCACGGAUGCUUUCCCCCAGCUUCUCUUAUUCCCAGGUACACUGCCUCUGAGCGUGGAGGCUCUGUUUCCUUGUUGCUAUUAAUAGCCAUUUUAAUCACGUAUCUUAUUCACCACGCCAUGCAAGCCCGCAGCAAUUAUAUGCUUUAUGUUAAUCCCUUGGUGUCUGCAAAAAAAACAGAGAGUUGCACACUCUGCCUUACAUGUCUCCUCUCCUUUACAGGCUCUGGGGUUGAGCCUAAGUGGGAAUCCCAGCUCCGCUCUCCCUGCCUGCACAGCCGUGACCACAAAGCCAGCUGUGGGGUUCUGCACUCUUCCUGCCUGGCCUAGAGCGAAUGCUCUUUCUUUUUUUACAGUCAGUUCUUCCUUCCCCGGUUGCAGAGCCUCCUCCCUCCAGGGCUUCAAGCAGGCUGCCCUGGAGGUGAACUGCUUCCCCUCCCCUCCUGCCUUUUUGUUUCAUGCACUGCAAGGCAGCCGCUGCACACACACACACACACCCCCUUCCCGCGCCCCCCUGCCAGCUGCUCUGCUCCUCUGCUGGUGUUGGCUGAUGCUUUUCAGUUCAGCAAGAGAGAAAGCCACCUUUCCGGCUGGACUGCGUGCCGCAGCUCUGUGGGAAAUGGGGCAGCGACGAGCCUCAGCUUGCCGCCUUAGCCGGACCUGCCCUGCCAUGCCCUGCCUGGGAGCCAGGCAGAGAGACACCCACCCCGUUCACAUGGAUCAGGGGUGUGUCUGGGAUGGGGCUGAGCCAGAGCCGUCCUGCAUAGCCCCGGGACUUCUUGGCUGGCUGGCUGGUUGCUGGGGAUGAUUUUCUCCUGAGAAAUUGGGAGAGUGGGGUGGAGCCGCCUUCCUCUUGCCUUACAAACUGAGCACAGAAUCAAGGACUGGGGCUGUUUUAUGCAUGAGGCCAGAGUGACUUCUUUGUUCCCAGUUCCUUUUUUAUUACAACAGCCUGAGUAAGGAACGGAAGUUUACAUGCAUAUCCCAAAUGAGCCUUGAGCUACCCUACGUUAGGGCCAGGCCACCCCCUGGAGACUGUCCCCUGUGAGAUGCCAGAGCACGCACUCUCUCUGUCUUGUGCAAUAGGCCACACUUUAGGAUCAGGGAACGUGGGGAAGACGUUGCACCCUGUGCUCACCCCAAACGUCACACACCCACAACACCCACCAUCAGGAGGCUGUGCAGCCUGUCUUGUGAGCCGCCCUGAGAUCUUCAGAUGAAGGACAGUAUGUUAAUUUAAUUAUAAUUAUUAUUAAAGGCAAGAUGCUUCACUCGUCUUUGUGUCUGGGCCCAGCACUUAGCUUUUUGCCCAGCUGAGAACUAGGAGCUAAUAUCAACGUCGACACAAACACUGGGAAUUUCACCGUAGCCAUUAAAGGCAUCUCUGGUGACUUCACAAAAACUGGCUGGCUGUUCUGCUCCCUGCGUUGGGGGUGGGGGGAGGCAGCAGCAUCCGGCUGAUUGAGAUAUCAUGUUACUGGCCUGCUGGCCUCUGGCAGCAGUUUUUGUGUGGGCUCCUAGGGGCUUGUGUCACGUUGGACUGCCUUCCUUGGCGGUCUUGCUGUUCAUGGUAGUACCUGUUUUUUUAUGUGAGUCCUGUUGCAUGAACACUUGUCCACCAAGCUGCCUUCAGGGGUAGCAGUGUUCUCCAUUGCUACAGCUCCAAAAAGCCACCCCCCCUGACUUGUGUACCGUGCUGCCUGUCUGAGAGGAAGGCAGACGUGUGAGCCCAGGAGGAGAAUGGAGCUGAGCUGCUCCUCAGCUGAAAGGUGCUGCCUGCCCUUCUCCAGCAAAGGAGUUUGCAUCGUAGAGAGAAGCUGUAUGCAUCCUAGGUGCCUUGUGGAUUCCUGGGGCUCACAGUGGCCUGCUCAGCUAGCUUCCUUCUUCCCAGCGGUUGAGCACUUGAUGCCCUCCAGAUGUGGCUGGACUUCAGCUCCUGUCAUCCCUGGCUAGCAUGGUCGCUGGUCAGAGCAGAUGGAAGCUGCAUGCCAGCAACAUCUGCAAGGGCCUCAGGGUUCCCCCCUGGGCAUCCACAUUAAGCCAUCAGUUGGAGAAUUUGUGCCCCCCCAGCUGUUGCUGCCUGCAGUUCCCAUCAUCCCUGUUCAGUGGUCAUGCUGGUUGGGGCUGAUGGGAGUUGGAGUCCCACAACCCGCAAAGGCCUGCAGGUUUCCCUUCCUAGCAAUUGUCAGGAUUGGCUGUGGCCAACAGGAAAGGAAUGCUCUAAAGAUAGAUUUUUGCAUGUUCAAAAGCAUCUCACUUGUGCCAGAGGGAUGGGGGGGGGAAUCUCUGCCUCAUGGUGGUCCUGUCUAAGGCAGCCAUGCCUGUCCCCCACCGGGCAUGAAGCUUGAGGGAGGGAGACCAAAUGCUCUUCUGCCCACUCAACCUGCCUGCCUGUCUUUCUUGCCUGCAGGAGUUUGCAAGUGUUUGAAAAAACGGGCAUCCCCCACAGCGAGCUACUGCAGCAGCAGCAGCAGGAAGAAGGGGGAGGGCCGCUGAGCGGCCCCCUGAAGUACCCCAACCCUUGCAUCCUCUGGCUACAUGCAGAGCAGGCAGGUAAAAAAGAGGGAGGGACUAAAGGCCACAGCCCUUUGACUGAGUAUUUCUUCCUGCUUUGCCUACACCUGUCCUCCACCCCCUGGGCAGUGGUGAAAAUGUUGCUUUUCUGAUCCUUUCACAAGGCCCACUUAAUCUGCAUGCAAAAUGUGAAUAUUCCAGGCUUUUGCAUAGUAUGCUUUUUUAAAAAAUUACCUGGUCCACUUCAGGGGUUGGAGAGGUGAGCCACUUCCCCAGCCCCUAGUAAAUUCCAAACCAACCAGAUUAUUCCAGAGAAUGAAUGGAGGAAAUAGCAAUGCUGCUUCCCUCUCACCCUCUGAGAUCAGGUGGAUGAUGUGGCUUGGUGCCAGGUGUGACCUGAUUUUGCCCGUGGCAUCCAGAGCGAGAUUUCCCAACCUGUUCCAUGGGGUGGGGCAUGCCUUUGCGUGGCUGCAUCCUUAACCUUCUGGGUGCUCAUCAGUUUUAGAAGAACGGCUGGACCAGCGGGUGGAUGCGAUGCUGGAGGCUGGGCUGCUGGGAGAGCUGCGGAACUUCCACCAGCGAUAUAACCAGGAGAGGGUAGAUGAGAACAGGUGAGUUUCUUCCCAUCUCCCCCCACAGCCCGCCUUGCCACUUCCUGUCCUGGCAUUCAUCCACCCAGGAUGGGGAUAGAGAUCAGAGGCUGGGACUCUGUGUGGUUGCAGGUUGCCGGGGGGAGGGGGGAGUGGCAGAGAGCACCAAGCACCCAUGCAGCGGGGUUUUUCUUCUGAAGUGCUGCGACUUGAUCUGAAAUGCACCCUGUGCAUGGCUCAUAAUGGCUGGAACGGGUGUGCCUGUCGCCUGACGGACUGGCCAGCCUGGCUCUCACCCCCCAGUGCACAGAGGGGCUUGUGGUGUUUUGCAGAUGGAGAACAGGCUGACCUGCCUGCUUUCCCCCCUUCUUCUGCCUCAGCCAGGAUUAUCAGCACGGCAUUUUCCAGUCCAUCGGCUUCAAGGAAUUCCACCAGUUCCUGAUUGCAGAGGGCAAGUGUUCAGAGGAGAUGAGCCAGCAGCUCCUGAACCAAGGUGGGCUGGCAGGAAAGGGGCUGCUCUUGCUGCAGGGAAGGGAUGGGCAAUGUUUUUCAACAUUUGGCCAGCGAGUUUUGAGUUUUACGGCCAUACAUUUUGGAUUUAUGUAUUGCGGAUGGAACAAACGUUCUGCUGCUUUUGAAAACCCUACUUUGCAUUUUUAGGGAACUGUUUUAUACCAGGUCAGACCCUUGGCCCAUCUAGGUCAGUGUAGCUAACACAGAGAAAAUAUCAGAGAAGAAUAAUUGGACCUCUAGAAAAGAAUUCCCAGCACCUGUGUGGCAUGGGCAAGAUUCUUUGAGGGAAGUGGCUGGCAGCUGGGCUGGUUUGAAUUUGCAGUGUAAAUGCUGCCUUGCAGUUUCAGACACUUUGCAGGAGGGUGGUUCUUUUGGUGUUUUCUCCUCCCCGGUCUUGCUGAGAAGGAUCUGUCCUUUGCCCCCUUGGGGCAUCAGUUCUUGCAAUAUGUGAGCACGUCCCCUUUCCCAGGCUUGCUCCCUGCCCAGGGUCCUUGUCCUCUGUGACCUCUCCUCCGUUUAUGAUUUUAGGAAUCCAGGCCCUGAAGAUAGUGACCAAAAGGUAUGCCCGGAAGCAGAACAAAUGGGUCCGGAACCGCUUCCUGAGACGUAAGUCCUUCUUUCCUGCCUCCAUUCUCUCCCGCCAUUUUGCUCUCUGCUGUCCUCCCCUCCCUCCAUUUCCUGUUUCUGCCUCCUUGAAGUCUUUGCAUUUCUCCCUCUUCUUUUGGCUCUUCAUUGGGACCAGUGCUCACCAGGAUUCCUCUGCCCUCGCCUCAAAAACUGCCAGUGCUCAGUUUUGUGAAAAUCUGCUGUUCCUUUGAGCAUGUGCAGAGUGCCUUCUCCUCAAAGUGACACAGCCCUCACCCACAACCUACUCAAGAGGGUGUGCUUUCCUUUCUGAUUCCAGCCCUGCCUUUGAUCUGAUCCACUUCCUUUUCUCUCCCUAUGCAGGCUGGGCCUGAGGCCAUACCUAGGCCUGUGAAUUGUAAGCAGAGUAUGAAUUGUGAAGCAACUUGUUCCAUGUCAGUCACUGGCCAGGCAGAGAGAGAGAAAUGUGUUGGGACCCUACGCAGACACACCCCGCCACCCACACACUGUGGCCCCCCCCAUUGAAUCAUCCUGGAGUGAAAGACGGGGUGGGCGGGGGGAGAGACAGCUGCCCUUCCCAAUCCGAUUGGCUCCUUCCUGGCUAGCUGCACAGCCUCCUCUGGCUGGGAGCCAACCGGACUUCCCUCCCUUUGCUCCAGGCUUGGAGGAGAGCCAAGAUUGACAGCUGGGAGCCGAGCACUUGUUGAAAGGUCCUUGGGAGGUUUGCGAGGCAGGGUGAGGGGGGCAGGGGUGGGGAGGAGCCCUCAAGAAACCCAAGAAGGGAGGAGGAACAAGAAGAGGCUUUGGGUCGAUGGCCCAGUCUUUUCCCGACACAGGUGCAGCGCAGCCCGCGCUCCCUCUCCAGCCAAAAAGCCGACAGGUGCUCCCUGGGCUGGUGGUUUUUGUGGUCAGGGCAUUAAGAGGCAUCACCUGCUUAGGUUUUGGCACUUAGGAAGCCUUUUGUCUCAUCUGGUGCCACUGAGCUUGCCCAGCCAGCUGGCAGUUGGACCUCAGAAGGGCAGGAGCUGGAGGGGGGAAACCAGGAGGAGUUUUUGGCUGGAGGCAUCCUGCAGGAGGUGGAGGUAGGAAGUGGGGUGGGCUGCCACACCCCUGGAUUUCUCAGGUGGGGAUUUGAGGCUGCAGGCCGCCUGGUACGAAUUUGAUGCAGGAUUUGGAAUGCCUACAGCAGAAGUUGUUUUGAAAAGAACACGUUUCUAGACAGCGGCGUAGCGUGGGUUGUCAGCACCCGGGGCAAGGCAAGUAAUUUGCGCCCCCUAACCCCUAACCUGCCGCCGCUGCCAGCUUCUUCUUGCUGCUGCCUGGGCUGGUCUGGUGUGGUUCUCUCCCGCGCUCAGCGCUGCGCUGGGCGGCCGCUGCACUGUCCCUCCCCCAGAUAGUCCCUCGCUCUCUCUCCACACCGCAUGCCUGGCACCCACCCCCUCCACAGUGGGCGGCCACCCAGCGGCUCGGAUCGGAUUCGCACAGCCAGCACUGCAGUGAGAGAGAGUGAGUGAGCCAGGUAGGGGCAGAGAGCUGCGAGUGCGAGCGCGGCCCCCCCUGCACCCCCCAUGCUAUGCCACUGUUUCUAGAUCUCAUGGAAGAAGGCACAAUGGAUUGCACCUUGCUUUAAAUUGGGGUGCUGGGGGAUCCUUUUCUUUUCUGGGCAACAUUCCAAGGGCCAGACUUCGGUGGUGGGUGGGGCCUUUGGUACCCAUGUGGUGGUUUCCCCCUUUCCAAAAGAUGCUUGACCACGCUCCUUUCCUUGAGCUUAUGAAUGUCCCUUAAAGGAAUAAUGUGAAGUUGUCCUCUCUGUUGCUCAGCCUUCUGCUUUUAUGCCGGGUGGGGUGGGAGCAAAUGGUCCUCUGCCAGACUGGCAAAUGGGAUGGGCAGGCUGCUGAUCCUCACUGCUGCCUUCUCUCCCCCACCCCCCCAUUUCUUACCUUGGUCUCUCUAGGGCCCGGCCCAAACGUGCCCCCUGUUUAUGGCUUGGAAGUCUCGGAUCUCUCUCAGUGGGAGGAGAAAGUGCUGGAACCUGCCGUGCAGAUCGUGGAGAGCUUUGUCCAGGUACCUGGCAGGCAGGGGAGCUAGAAACAGCAUUUAAAAAUGUGGAGGACCCUUUUUCAAAUCAACAGAGACUCAAUGCUGGCAAAGUGGAAGCCACCUUUAUACUGAGUCAGCUCCCUGGUUUCUGUAGCCUAGUCUUGUCUGCUCUGACUGGCAGUUGCACUCUAAGGCCAGAGGACGAGAGAGAUGCCUUUUUGCAGGACCUUGCCUGACCCAAACUCUGGGGAAGCCGUCUCUUAAGAGUGGGGCUUGGAGCUCUGUGGAGAACCCCCAUCAUGCAGCUGAGGAGGACCUGCAGGAACCCACAGAAGCCUCAAGGCAGCCAGAGGUGCCUCAUCUCACGAUUAUGGAUCAGUUUACAUGGCAGGGGGUUGGGCUAGAUGACCUGUUGGGUGCCUUGCAAAUCUACAAUUCUGAGUUACAGUGAACUGCAGCUGCCAUUUCAGUGCCCAUUUGCCCACUUUGGAGAGAGCCUUUGGGAUUUCUUUGCAAUCUGUUUUUUUGCCUCCUGAAUCAUUUGGUGUCAUCCACAGACGUGGCCACCUCACAGCUCACCCCUAACUCUAUAGAUCAUUAAUGAAGAAAUGAAAGAGCCCAGGCCCCCUUGGAGGGACCUCCCCUCUCCUACCUCUUUGAGAACUGCCCAUUUAUUCUUAUUCUCUGCUACCUGUGUUUUAACCAUGGACAGAUCCAGUAAAGGGCCUGUUCUCUUACCUCAUGCAAACUGCUAAGUUUUCUCAGGAGCCUUUGCUGAGGUGCUUUUCCUUUUGUCCAUGGAGGGGGCUGCAUGUGCUGAUGUGGGCAGACCCAAGUGCUCUCCCCUCUGAAUGUCCCCUUGCUGCUGCUGAAAACCUUAUUUCUGCUAAGCAAAGAAAGAAAAUAGCUAGCUGCUGACAUUCUGUCUGGCUUCCUCCUUCACCUAUACAGUAUGGACUUUUCCAGGCUGAGAACCGGCAGCUGGCAGAUGCAUCCUAGAUGAGCUCUGAUUGUAUUUUUUUUAAUCACCCCCAAGUGUUCUGCAGAGAUUUGACCCUUUUGACCUUCCGUUUCAACUUCCUUUUUACCAGUUCUCUCAUUUUCAAGAGGUUUCCUCUUUUGUGACUGUGGCAAUCGUCCACUUCCACUUUAUGCUGACUUUGGUAGCGCUCUGGCUACUGUGUCCAUUCAGUUCAACAGCAUGUCUCGCACAAGGUCCCGGGUGCUGGGUUCAAUUCCUAGUGGCACUUCUAGAGACCCCUGUCUGAAAUCCUCAAGAGUGACUGCCAGUCUAGACGAUUUUGAGCUGGUUGACCAAUGGUCUGCAUAAGGCAGUUUAUUAUGUGACUUAAAACAUGCAUUUGCCCAUUUUAUAUGAGGGUACAUAAAUUUGCAAAUAAAUUGAAAGCAGUUGUCCAGGGGUUGUCACACCUUAAUGUGACCAAGGAAUACCAUUCAGGCUGGGGCUGCAGGGAGGCAGUGCAGAUAGCAGACAGCUUCUGGCUCCAUUCUGUUCUAUGGGGAAAAUAAACAGGCUACAGGCAAAAGAUAGGAUUACCAGGGGCAGGCAUCACCUCUUGGCCCUGGGUUACCCACAGGGACUCCACAGGGCAUGUGUGCAAUGUAGCCUUCACCAAGCUGGUGGCCUCGGGAUGUUUUCCACUGCAGCUUUCAUCAGCCCCAGACAGCGCUGGAAGUUGUAGUCUGAAACAUCUGGAAGGCACCAGGUUGACAAAGGAAACCUGUGGCAUCUUGAUUUCCUUCAGGGGUUCCUCUCUCUCUCUCUCCACACAUAUCCAGCCUGGUAUUUUGCUAAAGAAAAGAGUGAGGCCUCUUGAGCUCCUGCAGAGUCCAGUUUAGUUCAAAUGUAAUGAGUGCCAUUGACCAUCUCUUCCCAUAUCUGGGAUUGAGUUGUGGGGAAGCUUCACAGGGUGAGAAGAGGCCUGGCUUGCUUAAGUUCUAAGGCCAGGGGCCCGCUUGCCUUUUAAGGAAGGGAGGGGCAGCCCCUCUGUCACCCUCUUCUUUUGCUGGACCAUUCUUCUAAGCCAGUGGUUCCCAAAGUAGAUGGCACCACCUCCUGGGGGGUUGUGGGAUUCCCUAGACAGGGUGCUAAGAGGCAAGGGGUGUAAAUGACUAUUAGGCUUUGAAAAGCUGGUAUCACGGGACCAAGUCCAUUAAUUCUGUUAAAUUAAUUAAACUAAAUGCUUUUGAUUCGGUUUUGAACAAAUGCACCAUUAAAUGGUUCCUGUUUUGUAUUUUACCGUGUGGUUUCCUUCCUUUAGUGGGUCAUACUAACCACUAUUCUGAGCAAUGCUUUUUAAAGGGCAGGGUAGGGGGCAGCUGGGGAUGAGUCUGAGGGGACGGUUGGCAACCACUGGUCCAAAAUGUCAUUUCCUCGCAAGGGGCGGCAGCCACCAGCCGAGCCCAUCACAAUGGCAGACGAGGCAGGGGAAGCCCAGGAGGGCAAGCGGAGGCGGCACAUCUGUGAGCUGUGCAGCAGAGUCAUCAUCGGGGACAGAGAGUGGAAAGGUGAAGGAUUGCGCUUGCAGGAGGUUUUGGGUGGGGGGAGGGGGAAAUCAUGGCCGGGGGAUGGGGUGGGAAUGGGAAGGGAGCAAAAGGAACAAAGCUCUCCCAGUUCCCUGGAACAAAGCCCUGCUCCCCGUCCCCCGCCCCCCAAAUUUCCUCAACCUCUUCCUGCCUGCCGGAGUGAUCAGCUCCUGGAGGGCUGUUUACAGCAUUCUUAUAAAAGGAGCCACUUUACAAGGGGGUGGGGAGAAUCAUAAACCCUUCCAGGAGCCGCCAUCUGUCAUUUUAUCCUCCUCUCCCAUCUCCCCCUCGCCCCCCAAACUUUCCACUACUGUAGCUGUAAAAGCAGUUGCCUCCUUGGCCAAAGGGAUCUUGAACCCAGCAAUCGCAUGCAAGGCAGGAGUGAUCAGCUUCUGUAUUAAAUGUGGGGUGCGGGGAGAGAAAUUAGCAUUUCUUCAGGGAGAAGCUACUUCCACCUGCUUAGAACAGCAGGAAGCUGGCCAUUGAAGGUGAAAGGGAUGCACUUGGAUUUUCUUGUCUGAGCUUGGCCUUCUCCAGGCAUUUUGCACUACAUCAGCCUCAGCCAGCGGGGCUAUGUGAUGCUGGGGCUGAUGGGAGUGGUAGUCUAAAACAUCUGGAAGGCUGUCUGUAAUUCAGUCCUUUAUGAAUGCAGUGGGAGGAGUUGAAAGAUUUUUUUUAGUGCAGCCGAAACAAAGAAGCCAAAGGCUUGUUUUGAAGGUAACGUCUGAAAGAUUUAUUUUUAAAUGGGAGUCUGUUGUGGUUUGCACAUGCAUCCAACUGCCUUGGUAGUGAUAUGAUGGCAUCUAUCACUUCAAAUCAUGGUUCUCUUAAAGAAUCCUCUUUUUAGAAAGAUUUAAAUAUAUGUAUAUACACAAAUGCCUCCCUACAAGAAGAAAACUGGCUCAUGAGAUGAGAACUGGCUGUGUUAGAACAUUUCUACCUUUAUUUGCAGGGAUCAUUUCCAAAAGUGAAAACCAUCUGGAAAUGUCCUCCCCACCUGCUGUUUUACAAUUCCCUCUACCAGCCCAGGAGUCUACUACCUUAUUUCCAUGCGUGUUCAUAGGCCAGCCUAGAGCUGAUAAACCCCUGAGGCCAGGCAUAGGCAAACUCGGCCCUCCAGAUGUUUUGGGACUACAACUCCCAUCAUCCCUAGCUAACAGGACCAGUGGUCAGGGAUGAUGGGAAUUGUAGUCUCAAAACAUCUGGAGGGCUGAGUUUGCCUAUGCCUGCCUGAGGCAGUAGGUGGAAGUGGUGGAAUCCUGGCAUUUACCAUCUCAGAUUGCCAGAUUGAGUAUGCAAUGCUGUCCUUAAUGGCCCCUUGUGUUUACUAGAUGCUUAUUCCAUGAAGGAAUAUUACUUGGAACAUUUUUUUUAAAAAGGCAGCCUCUGCAGUCUGAAGUGACUUUCUCAAGAAUCACCUAACUCUUCAUGUGGAGAAUGCCAUUCUUGAACGCUGCCCCAUGUUAAAACAAAAACAAAAACUUUCCUGCAAGUAAAGACAGACUAGGACCCCAGGCCUCUUUGUUCUGUGCCAGUUUUCUUCUUGCAAGGAGUUUUGUGUUUUUGUGUGUGUAUGUUUUAGGUUGGAGAGCAUUCAAAAAUACGAUUCCUGCAGUGGGACUGUUAGCUCAGGAUUCCUCUGUUAUCUCAGACCUACCUGUGGCAGAUGUGUAGACCAGGCCAAAAUCAUGAUUGACCUUUACUGGACAGUGCCCAGUAUAUCCACACGAUCAUAGAUUUAGAAUAGAAUUGAAAUACAGGAUGGAACUUCUGGUUAGCACUUUACUUGGAGGAUUUGGAUAAGAGACUCUCAGACCACACCGAUUUAUCUGUAGUUUCCACCCUGAAAGGUACAAAACACAUUCAGUGUGCGGAACAAAUGUGUGUUUAUAAUAAACAGUAUUGUAUUCUUAUUUUUGCAAUAUUAUAUAAAAGCAGCACUGUUCAUGGUUUUGUUUCCAAAAUGAUCUCCUGUUAACCUGUGUUGGCAGAGCACAUGAAAUCCAAAGGCCAUCGUUUUCACCAGAAGAAGCAGCAACAGCAGCGACACCCGACCUCAGAUCCCCUUUCCACAAAGCACCAUGAAGAAAGUGCCAUGACUGGUGGGAACGAGAGAGAGGAGGAGAAGGACGGGAGCGUGGAAGCCUGUGAAAUGUAG